AUGAUCGUGAGGGAGAGCCCAAAGUCGAGAGCACCGAAGGAGGCACCGAAUUGGCCCCCAAAAUCCCCACAUCACGCCGUGCUAUUGUCGCCCUCUGCGCGCAGGAAGUAUGAAGACCAACGUCAACGUAAUUCUACAUCGCCCUCGCCCAGCAAGCGCCGCCCCAUGUCGCGCAUUCAAUCCGCAGUUUCAGACAACGAGGAAGAGGAGGACGAGGAGACGCUGCAGCUCAAACUCCAAGCCAUCGAGGCGCGAUUAAAGCUCAAGAGGCUGCAGAAAGUGAAGAAAACGGCCGACGAUGGAGAGACGGAAAGCACGCGCAUAAUCUCGCGACCAGGUACGGCGGCCAGUGCGAGAAGAGUAGAGAUUCACAGGCCACAAUCCGAAGUGCAGGUUCCGGUGUCGCCUGCGCGGAAUAGACGGGAGCCCGAGGAACAGAGAAGCCCUGCGAGGGUGUUGCUUGGUAUCGAUAAAGGGCUGAGGGCACGGGAUGUCAGUCUCAAGCGAGCGUCGAGUCUAUCGAGCAGAACUGCGGCAGGAAGACAUUCGCGGACAGGAUCAGCUCCGGCCGUAGAGGCACCAAAGAUCAAGAGUUUUAGCGAGAGGAUCGCGGACAGCAGAAAUAAGGAAAGAGAGCGCGAAGAGAAGCAGGCGAGGAUCGAGAAGAGCAGGAGUGUUGGUUUUGGGCUGCAGAGCAUUGAGGGUGUUAAAGACAGGCCGGCUUCCAGAGCAGCCUCUUCGUUAAGCUCAGGAACGAAAAGCUCAGAAAAUGCUAUAUCUGCAGGUAAAAGCCUAGCACAAAGCCGGCAUACCAGUAAGCUACGAAACACCAUGACGCCCAGGCCAGGAUCGACCUCAUCUGGAAAAUUGGAUGCUUCACGAACGCCAUCUGCGGUUUCAAGACCAUCGUCAAGAGGGUUCGGCUCUACAGCUACAGCAGCCAAGUAUGCGGAGAUAUCUCAACGCGAAGACAGUGCGGAUGCCCCCAGUUUCGAAUCAUUCUCUGGCCUGCACUUGAAGUCUCGAGAGAUGCAACACAAUGUAGUGACUCGGACCCUAGAUGGCAAGACUGUCGUCACAAUACCGCAGCUCCUGAAAACCGUCAAAGCGCCCGAGUAUGAUCCGCCAGACAUGGAAAAUGACUAUGUAGUCAUGGGCGUCAUAGCAGCGAAGUCAUCGCCGAUGGCUACCAAGAAUGCAGUCAAACAGAGAUCCGCAGGCGAUCAAGAUGAGGACGCGCAUGCGACGAACAAGUUCAUGAUCAUUACAUUGACGGAUCUCAAGUGGGAGCUCCAGCUGUUUCUCUUCGAUACUGGGUUUUCGAAAUACUGGAAACUGACGCCUGGGACACUGAUCGCUAUCUUGAACCCCGACAUUCUGCCACCGCGCGAUCGCGGUUCGACGAAAUUCUCUCUCAAGCUGUCCAGCUCCGAUGAUACUGUGCUUGAGAUCGGCUCAGCGCGAGAUCUAGACUUUUGCCAUGCGAUGCGUAAAGAUGGCAAAGAAUGCGCGCAGUGGAUCGACGGACGUAAAACCGAGUUUUGCGACUUCCACAUUGAACUUCAAGUGGAGAAGAGCAAGCGUGGCCGGAUGGAAGUCAACACUAUGACCGGCUUUGGCAAGGGACCUGGAACCAGUCGAGGCGGGAUGUUCAGUGGUGCUGGUCGAGGGAGAGGGAGAGGCGAUGAGCUGAGGCGAGAAGGCAGAUAUCAUGACGCCUUUCUCCAUGAGACUAUGUAUAUCACACCUGGCGCUGGUAGUGCCGCGAGAUUACUAGAUCGAGACGAGCAGCCAUACCAUGUCACAGACCGCGCUGAAAAGCAUCGCAAACAGCUCGCUGAAAAAGAGAAGGAGCGCGAGCUGGCACGAAGGCUCGGGGAUCUAGGUAGUGGUGCUGGUGGUGACUAUAUGAAGCGCGCUGCGUUGACUUCUGCUCCAGCUAUGCAAUCACAGUCCACCCGGUCGGCCACCGCGCUCGACGACCCCUUCGUCACCAAGCCAUCACAAACCUCAUAUCCAAGCGACGUCCUCGGCCUCCUUAACAAGAAAGCAGAAGAUGUUUCACUGGAUCGCGGCGCUGCGAAGCGUAAGCGCGCCAUCUCUGGUAAAUCCACCGCUUCGAACGAACCUGUAGGUUGGGGCGGCGCCGGCAAGCGCGGCCUCCUGCUCUCUCCCCCCAAAAAGGAACCCGCUUCUUCAAUGCGCGGCACCAGAGAACCAAGUCCCGCGAAGAAGAAAGCAAGGUUACUGUUACCGGAGAAGGGAAUUAGGGAGCCAGGAAGGGACAGCUUGGGCACAAUGGACGUUGGGCUGAUUGCGGCCAUGGAUGAUGAUGAUGAUGAUCUGGAGGUUGUUUGA